GCCGCGCCCUGUCGUUUCCCGACGUCCUCCUUCCUUACUAAAUCCCUCCUCUUCCUCCGAAAGGGGUGGCAGUCCCGCCCUCUUCCCCAGUACUUCCUGUUCCAGACUACCCCUGGCCCUGGGCCGGAGACCCGAGAGUGACCGAGCUUUGAGUGAUACCCGGAGGCUGCGGGGAGCUAGUCAGGCCGCAGAGUCCGACGUCAGGCGCGAGGGGUGACUCUCCGGCCUCGCGCACACUGCUCCGGGUCCUGGCGGGCGGCGAGGCUGGGGCCGACUCCUAUCUCGGGAUGCCCGGGGAGGAGGAGCAAGCCUUCCUGGCUGCCCGCAAGGAGCUGGUGAGCGCCCUGAGGAAGGAUUGUGGACAGACAUUUUCCCUGGAGCAGCUUCGGCCACUACUGGUCACCUCCCUACCGCCAGCCGCCCGCUACCUGCAGCUGGACGCCACACGCCUGGUCCGCUGCAACGCCCGUGGGGAGCCCCGAAUCUACCUCAAUACUCUGUCCACGGCCCUGAAUAUCCUGGAGAAAUAUGGCCGCAACCUCCUCAGCCCUCAGCGGCCGCGGUACUGGCGUGGGGUCAAGUUUAAUAACCCUGUCUUUCGCAGCACGGUAGAUGCUGUGCAGGGGGGCCGGGAUGUGCUGCGAUUGUAUGGCUAUACAGAGGAACGUCCAGAUGGAUUGAGCUUCCCAGAAGGUCAAGAGGAGCCAGAUGAGCAUCAGGUUGCUACAGUCACACUGGAAGUACUGCUGCUUCGGACAGAACUCGGCUUGCUGUUGCAGAAUACCCAUCCAAGACAGAAGGCCCUGGAGCAGCUGCUAAAAGACAAAGUGGAAGAUGAUAUCCUGCAACUUUCAGAGUUUGACCCCCUACUGAGAGAGAUUGCUCCUAGCCACCUUACCAUAUCCUCUGCCCCAGACUCCACUCCUGGUCCCUGCUUUCUCUGUGGUUCUGCCCCAGGCACACUGCACUGUCCAGCCUGUAAGCAGGCCUCAUGCCCAGCCUGUGACCGCCUGUUCCAUGGACACCCAUCACGUGCUCAUCACCUCCGCCAGACCCUGCCUGGGGCCCUCCAGGCCACCCACCUGAGCCCCAGCUUAUCUGCCUCAGCCCAACCACAGCCACAUUCAACCUCCCUGUUAGCCCUAGGAGACAACUUUCUUUCUUCACCUGAUCCUGCAAAUGCCUGUCUUCCCUGGCACUGUGUUGCUUGUGCCAUGCUAAAUGAGCCUUGGACAGUGCUCUGUGUGGCCUGUGAUCGGCCCAGAGGCUGUAAGGUAUUGGGGUUGGGGAUUGAGGAUCCCCAAGGAACUGGAGGCCUAGAACCUGAGCUUUCACGAGGUCAAUGGGCCUGCCAGAGCUGUACCUUUGAGAAUGAGGCGGCAGCUGUACUAUGUGCUAUAUGUGAGCGACCUCGGCUGGCCCAACCUCCCAGCUUGGUGGUAGAUUCCCAUGAUGCUGGAAUUUGUCUGCAGCCCCUUCAGCAGGGGGAUUCUUUGCUGUCCUCUGUCCAGACUCAAGUCUGGUACUGUAUUCACUGUACCUUCUGCAACUCGGGCCCUGGCUGGGUGUGUGCUAUGUGCAACCGGACCAGCAGCCCCAUCCCUGAACAACAUGCCCCCCAGCCCCAUGCCAGCUCUUUGAAAAAAGAACUCCCAAAGCCUGGGCCUCCACGACAUCUCAGUGCCCCCUUGCCCAGUUCCUGUGGAAACCCUGAGAAACAGCGCCAAGACAAGAUGCGAGAAGAAGGUCUCCAGCUAGUGAUCAUGAUCCGGGAAGGAGAAGCUGCAGGGGCCUGCCCAGAGGAGAUCUUCUCAGCUUUGCAAUAUUCAGGAACUGAGGUACCCCUACAGUGGUUGCGCUCAGAGCUUCCCUACGUGCUGGAGAUGGUGGCUGAGAUGGCUGGACAGCAGGACCCAGGACUGGGUGCCUUUUCCUGCCAGGAAGCCCGGAAAGCCUGGCUGGAUCGUCAUGGCAAUCUUGAUGAAGCUGUGGAAGAGUGUGUGAGAACCCGAAGGAGAAAGGUGCAAGAGCUCCGGUCGCUGGGCUUUGGGCCUGAGGACGGGUCUCUUCAGGCAUUGUUCCAGCAUGGGGGUGACGUGGCACGAGCCUUAACUGAGCUACAACGCCAGCGCCUAGAGCCCUUCCACCAGCGCCUCUGGGACAGUGGCCCUGAGCUCACUCCGUCCUGGGAUGGGCCAGACAAGCAGAGCCUUGUCAGACGGCUUUUGGCAGUCUACACACUCCCCAGCUGGGGCCGGGCAGAGCUGGCACUUUCACUGCUGCAGGAGACACCCAGGAACUAUGAAUUGUUGGAUGUGGUAGAGGCUGUGAGACAAAGCCAGGAUCGGGCCUUCCUGCGGCGCUUGCUUGCCCAGGAAUGUGCUGUGUGUGGUUGGACUCUGCCCCGCAACAGAAUGCAGGCUUUGAUUUCCUGUGAAUGCACCAUCUGUCCUGACUGCUUCCGCCAACACUUCACCAUUGCCGUGAAGGAAAAGCAUAUCACAGAUAUGGUGUGUCCUGCCUGUGGCCGCCCUGACCUUACAGAUGACACACAGUUGCUCAGCUACUUCUCUACCCUUGACAUCCAGCUUCGGGAGAGCUUAGAGCCAGAUGCCUAUGCACUGUUCCAUAAGAAGCUAACUGAAGGUGUGCUGAUGCGGGACCCCAAGUUCUUGUGGUGUGCCCAGUGUUCCUUUGGUUUUAUAUAUGAGCGUGAACAGUUGGAGGCAACAUGUCCCCAGUGUCACCAGACCUUCUGUGUGCGCUGCAAGCGCCAGUGGGAAGAGCAGCACCGAGGGCGGAGCUGUGAGGAUUUCCAGAACUGGAAACGCACAAAUGACCCAGAAUACCAGGCCCAGGGCCUGGCAAUGUAUCUUCAGGAAAAUGGCAUUGACUGCCCCAAAUGCAAGUUCUCAUACGCACUGGCCAGAGGAGGUUGCAUGCACUUUCACUGUACCCAGUGCCGCCACCAGUUCUGCAGUGGCUGCUACAAUGCCUUUUAUGCCAAGAAUAAAUGUCCAGACCCUAACUGUAGGGUGAAAAAGUCCCUGCAUGGCCACCACCCGCGAGACUGUCUCUUCUACCUUCGGGAUUGGACUGCUGUCCGUCUUCAGAAACUGCUUCAGGACAAUAACAUCAUGUUUAAUACAGAGCCUCCAGCUGGGGCCCGGACAGUCCCUGGGGGUGGGUGCCGAGUGAUGGAGCAGAAAGAGGUUCCCAAUGGUCUCAAGGAUGAAGCUUGUGGCAAAGAAACCCCACCUGGCUAUGCCGGCCUCUGCCAGGCACACUACAAAGAAUAUCUUGUGAGUCUCAUCAAUGCCCACUCAUUGGACCCAGCCACCCUUUAUGAGGUCGAGGAGCUGGAGACGGCUACUGAGCGAUACUUGCAUGUGCACCCCCAGCCACUGGCUGGAGAAGAUCCCCCUGUCUACCAAGCCCGCUUGUUACAGAAACUGAUGGAAGAAGUGCCCUUGGGACAGAGUAUCCCCCGAAGGAGGAAGUAACUGAGGGCAAAGGUCCUGAUGAGGGUCUUGUGGCCCAGCUCCCUCAGGAACAGCUCCAGCACCAAUAAAGAGGCAUCUUAUUGCCCCA